ACAAUGCACGCGCCCGUCAGCUCUAGUGCUGCUGUGUUUAGAGGGAAAGAAACAGCAGGCCCGAAACAUACACACAUUAUUGAACAAAAAAAUUCAUUGUCGACUGCGAACAGUUUUUGAGAGUUCAUCGAGAUAUGGCUGGGAAUCGAUUUUUUUUAUCUGCACCCUUGUGAGAUGGAAGAUGGAAGAAUGCGCGUGAAAUGCAACUUUUGUGGGGAUCAAAAGUUUCUGGGAGGGAGUAAUAGUGGACAUGCAUUUUCCGGAGGUCUGUCAAGAUAAUGAAUGUGCUUUUGUGAGAACAGAAGUCUGAACAUGCGAAAAAACAAUCUUCACUCCCAAGAAAAAUCACCCGUUGGAGCUUCUUGUCAGAUCGUUGGUUUUUCACAGAUGUACAGUGACAUACUCCUUGAAAACCACCCAUAUAUGUGAGAAAAUGUUCCAUGGCAAAGACCAGCUAAACAGCCACCUGCAAAACCACGACCCCAACAAGCAGGAGCUACGGUGCGAGGAAUGCGGAAAGCAUUAUAACACUCGUCUAGGUCUUAGACGCCACGUGGCCACGCAUGCCACCUCCGCCGGCGGUGACCUCACCUGUAAGGUUUGUCGUCAGACGUUCGAGAGCAUGUCGGCGCUACUCGAGCACCUGAGUACGCACACCGGCCGGCCUCCUCCGGGGACUGUUGUACGGGAAAGGAAGCAUCAGUGUGAACGGUGCGGCCGGUGCUUUUUCACACGCAAGGAUGUGAGGCGCCAUGCAGUAGUGCACACCGGCAGACGGGACUUCCUGUGCCCACGGUGUGCCCAGCGCUUUGGCCGUCGUGACCACCUCACCCGACACCUAAAGAAAAGCCACGCCCAAGAUUUGGAGACCCCUCCUCCGAUUCUCAUUAAGGAGGAGCCGAGUCCCAAUUUGUGCUCCGUCGGAUCUCCGAAGGAUGCCACAGAGGCUUAUUCCAUGGCCAUGUUCAAUCCUCAAGGCCUUCCGAGCACAUCUACCUCAGGGGUCAAUCAUCACCAUCACACGAUGGUGUCUGGCCCCCUGUCCAGCCCGAUGGGUGUGGGCUGUUACCUUGAGCCAAACAAGCCUUCUCUGCAGCAGUACCAGCAGGCUCACAGAUAUCAGCCGAGUUCCACUACCUCAUAUCUGAAAGUGGAGAUGGAGAACUUCCUGGCCGAACUCCAGUGCGGGCCAAUGCCACCACAGGCCGCUGUGGCAACUGCCGUCUCCCGGCCUGGCGACUUCCUCCCUGAUAGUCUGGGAAGUCAGAGUGCCCAUUUCACCCUCAGAAACUCAGCGUUCACCUCAGCCGAGCCGACUACCAGCUCCACCAACAUGGACCUCUCGCACCUGUUGGGCUUCCUGCCAUUCGGCCUGCCUCCCUACAGCACUCCCUUGGGAUACUCCACCACCACUGCGUCCCCAAGCCCUACCUCUCAGAUCUCUGGGCCACUUACCUCAUUUCAGCCACAGUCACUGCAGGAGCCUCAGGCUUCAGGGCACUUAAACCAGCUCUCUGGUUUCUCUCCAACUCUACCUCGAUUCCAUCAGGCCUUCCAGCAAUGACGGCGCCCAUGUCCACUAUGACCUGCCAGUAAAACGCAACAAUUCUGUUGCAUCAUUGCCAAGUAGCUCAUAGGUAAUGAACUGGAGACUAUAAAGUUAUGUGGGUGCGAGGUCUUCAAAUAGAUCCUGUAGAAUUAGACAGAAGGAUCGCUAGGAUAGAUAUUUGCCUUUAGAAUAGUUUUAACUUUGUGGUUUUUCCUAGAGGAUCUUCAGAGUGUUUUGUAGUGAUAAAUGAACUUAUAAAAUUCAUUAAAAAAAAUGUAACUGAAAAGUUAGCAAAAGAAAUACCUCAAUAUUUUUGUCAAGAAGGAAAAUAAUGCUAUUACAGUGUUCUCCGUUGUAAAAUGAAGCACUUUUUAUCAACGGCACUUCUAGGACUAAAGGUGCGGUCACAUUUAUUAUUGAUCUGCGAACUUCAGGCAUUUCAAUAAGAUUUGGCUUGGAAGCUUUGUAUGCAGAUGAAAGGAUUCCCUGUGCAAAGUUGGUGACACAUUUGCCAUGUUGACCAACAGAAAUCUGCUUGUUUUGUAAAGUGACUUAUGUGUGUGCUUUGCUUCAUACAUCUUCCUUUUUUCUCCAUGAUAUUCCGCCAAAAUUUCUCUAAUGUGACCGCACCAUAAAGUCAAGUUGAACUGUGGUCUUAGAUGUGCCUCUCAGCUCACGGUCACACAACACAAAAACCUACCUCUCUAAGCUGAACUCUUGUCACGAAUAGAAUUCAACCUUUUGACAAGAAAUGAAGCAAAUCCUCAUGCAAAUUGCAUGAAGAACGUUAUCUCAUUUCAUUUUCUCAUUCUCAUUCAUUUUUUUUAGAAUGCUCAGUGGUUUUAGUUUAUGAAUUUUUUUUUUUUUUUAGAGUCAGGUGAUUAAUUAGCAUUUAAUUAAUUAGCUUGUGUUGAGUUUAGCCUUUAGGUAAAAGUUUUUAGGCACUGUUGUGUUCACAUUCUCAAUGCUUAUGAAAGGAAUCACAGUUAUUGUGUAGACCCAUCUCUCUCUGUUCAUUCCAGAGUAUUUUGUGAAUGAAAUGCAGAAUAAAGCUUUGAUUAUUCUGGAAUUGAAAAUCAUAAUAAAAAAGCGAAUAUUUGUUUAAAAUUAAGUAGCCCAUCCGGACAAAUUCCCAAUAUGGGAACUAAAUAAAAUAUAACAUACAUUUUUCGUUUAGUAAUAAACACCAAUUUAUCACAUUUGUGUCCUGCAUAAUGAUGUUAAAAGAAUCUUGGGGAGAAAAAAUGGUUGUACUGGUUUUACACAGUUCUCACAUUGCAAAGUUUCCCUCAAUGUUUUGCCAUGAUUUAUGAGUAUCAAACAAAAUAAGCUUAGCACAUACCCUUUCAUUGCUGAAAAGCACUUCAAGUAUCUCUCCAUGCUAAACCAGGAGCACUGUCAGGAAAGAAAAUGUUUUAUCAUGUAAACUUGAAUGGUAUUUUAGCACUGCUUCACUGUCUGUACAUUUGACUCAGUGUUUCAUGCUCCAGUGUCCUAUAAGGUAACUGUGAUGGCAUAUGUUGUCAACUCCAUUUAGUUUAGGCCAGCUGAAGAUGUGAAUUAAUUUCAUGAGUUUCAUUUUAUUUAGAAACCAUCAUGGGCAUUUCCUCCCUUGGCUGAACUGAACUGAAAUUGACCUCAACCCAACUGUGAUGUUUAGACUCAGACGGAUCUACCUCAGUGAGAUGCACACUGUGCACAGCUGUACUGUACCUUUAGUAAGAAAUGUAAAGUUUCAUUGGCUGUUUAGCUGAAGUAAACAGGUGUUUUACGUCUUUAAAAUUCCAAACAUUGGCAUUUUUUGUUUUCAUGAACAUUCUGAAAGCAAGGGUGCGUGAGAGAUUAAGGUGUAUACGGAAAAGAAACAAUGUUAAGGAAGAAUUAAGAAAUAAAGCAUCUUGUAGAA